CCGGGCCUGCGCUGGAGUCCCGUGGCUCCCGGAGGGAGAGAAGGGGGCCCUGGCCCUCGCACUCGCCAGCUGCGCGUUAGGAGCUUCUCUUUACUGCAGCAGAACUGUGAGAUUUGGGUAUCUCUGUGUGCGUUCAGUGUACAACGAACUGUAGCGACACUUUAAAGUGCUGGCGUGAGGAAGGAACUGGUUGAUAACCUCUCCCGGCCAGCUCGCCGGGCUGCCUCUCAUCUGACUUUUGAUCCAGACCCUUCACCAGAUCUGUUGCUCUUCUCUGAACGUGCUCCACCAUCUCAGUGUAGAGAGAGGCCCUGAACUGACCCCAGGAUUGGAGGUGUGGUCUCACUAGUGCCAGAACAAUGGUUACUCCAUACCCACACACAUAAGACCCAUCUCUUUCACUAUCAUCACCCUCCUGUAAAAUUUCAGUAAGUCUCAAAGCUAUUAAGUUCUUAUGUUCUUCCAAGUGUAUGCGGUGGGGCAGCGGACAGAGAGCCUUGUACAUCCACAGAGCUCUGGCCCCUACAGGCAUCCAGACAUCUCUGGGAACUGGAGGAUACACACAGGAGAAACAGUAUGGAUGUCCCAGGUUUACACUAUCAAUUUGGAAUCUCGCUAUUUACUGAUACAAGGAGUUCCUGCAUUAGGUGUUAUGAAGGAAUUAGUUGAACAGUUUGCAUUAUAUGGUGCCAUUGAGGAAUAUCAUGCUCUAGAUGAAUAUCCAGCAGAGCAAUUUACUGAAGUGUAUCUUAUAAAAUUCAAAAAACUGCAAUGUGCAAGGGUGGCCAAGAAAAAAAUGGAUGAAAGAAGUUUCUUUGGUAGUUUGCUGCAUGUAUGCUAUGCUCCAGAAUUUGAAACAGUCCAAGAAACUAGAGAGAAGUUGCAGGAUAGAAGAAAGUAUAUAGCAAAAGCAACAAAUCAAAGAGAUUGCUUUGUGUUAAAGAAAGUAGAAGGCCCUAAGAAGACAGCCUCAAAGAGCUCUGAGCACGACAGUCCUUGGAGUACAUCGGGAUCACAUGUAGCCAGUAACUGGGAUCCAUCCUGCUUUACAAGUUCUCCUGGGGUAUCCCACAACACAACAUACCCAUCUGGGAAUCAGAAUCAGAGCCUGUUAACAUCUCCACACUACGAUAACAAUUGUGCUGAAAGUUCUGGGUACUUUGGUCACAACACAUCUUUAACUCCAAGUGUACAUCCAGGAGGACAUACUCCACCAGCUUCCUUAAUGCAGCAAAGAAUGGUUCCAGCUUACAAUGGAAUUGACAGGUUUAUGCCUCGUACAACUCACCUGCAAGAACGUAAGAGGAAGAGAGAAGAAGGCAACAAGUUUUCCCUCAUUGGAACAAGUGAGGACAAUACUGAAGUUGUUAUUGGUCCACAACUACCAGAAAUACCUAAAGUGGAUAUGGAUGAUGAGUCUUUGAAUACUUCAGCUACAUUAAUUCGAAAUAAGCUGAAAGAGGUAGCAGAUUCUGUUUCAAGGUCUAUGGAAAAGCCAGAGAGCAGCUCAGCCAAACCACUUGUAAAGCAGAGAAGAAGAAUAUAGAUACUGCUGGCAGCAUCUUCCAACCAUCCUUUUGUAAAGAAUAUAGUUUAAAAUACUUUAUUUUUUUAUGUAAAAAAACCCCAACUUUAUUUGUAUCGUAUUUCCCAGUGAUUCCCUGUUAAAAAUUGUAUCAGUUUGUUACUUGGAAUGAAGAAACCAAUAUACUGUAUUAUUGUUGCAGUGUUGUCCUGUGUACCUCAUAUUGUAACAUAUUUUAUAAUUUAGGGGAAGAACUCUAUUUAGGUAGACUUACAAAAGUAAAUUAAUUUAUUCAAUAGCUGUAACACAAAGGACUACAGAAGCUUAGGAGCAAGUUGAAACUAUUACUGUUUUUACUGUAUCACGAAGAAUGGUGAAGACAAAGACCCCGUUUAACAGUACUCAGCAAUGGAGUUACAAUUUGGAGUUCUUAUUUAGGAGUUUCCCGGAAAACUUUCUGUUCAAAUGCGAUAAUGCUCUGUUACAAACAAACAAACAAAAAAGUUAAUUUUCAGUUAACUACAGGAUUUUAUUUAGUCAGACAGGUAUUGCACUGAAAGGUACUGAACUGAAAUGUGUAUGCAGUGAAGACUGUCUCCUGCUUUUUAGCUUAGGAAAGGUAAAUCCAUAGCAUUAACAGUGUCAUCACUGGCAGAUCAGCCAGAACAUUCAAAGUUACAGUUGAAGGGGAAAUUAUUUAACUGCUCAGCAGUAGGAGUGUGUCACCAAGGAAUGAUCUGGCAUGGAGGACAAGAAGGCCCAGCUGCAGAAUGAGAUAAACUAGAUGGAAACAGGAAUGUUAGAGACUGGGAUGACAAUGUCAAGGACUGAAAUUUCCCUUAGUGAUGAGAUUAAUAUCUGCAGCAUUCUGUUGCGACACCCCUGGAGUGGGAGUGCUCAGGGGCCACCUUUGGGUAGCAGAACCGGCACUGAGAGGAUGAACCCAACAGUGGCCUAAGAUGCUCCAUGCUGACAUUGACAGGAUUGGUGCAAGUGUCUGUAAGGAAUUGGCUUGUGCAUUUUUUAACGCAAGAUUAAUGUACCUUUAUGUCUGGCAAACAUGGUCCAAAGGCUUCUAAGAGAAGGCUUUCUUCUCUGACUGCUUUUUCAAAGUCCGUAAAAGAAAGCUUGCCAUCAUGAUCAUAGUCCUGCAAAAGGAAAGGAACACUUCAGGAAAGGAUUAUUGUAUUGUAGUUUUGUUUAAAAGGUGUUUAAAGAACAUAGAUUCUAUUUUUAGUUUGAUUUGCAAAUUGGAGGUCAUUAGUCUCUGCUCAGAAACGAUUUCUGUGACUUGCCUUUACCUAAGGCAAAAAGGGUGGGAUUGAAAAAUUGAAAAGAUGGGCUUAAAUAAAAGGGGUUGGAAUGAAGCACCUGGUUUUAAGUGAAAAUUUUUGUCCACUGCCACGGAAGGGGAGAGUAUGUAUCUUGAUUCGAUUAAAAUAUUGACAGACAGUCCCCAGCUGACAUUCUGGAUUAAGCACUGUGAGACAAACUUCACAUUAGUAAGUGCUUUCCACCUUUUUUCUUAAAUGCUACCACACCUUGAGUUUAGUAUUCUAAUAGAAUACAUAAACUGGGUAAAGACAUUUCAUGAUCAGUUGAUAAAAUACAAAUGUACUUAAAAAUUAAGUGACUGCAGAUACCUGUACUGUUGGAAUAAAUGCAGCUUACACUUUUGAGUUUUCUA